AUUUUGCAAUAGCUAGCAAAGGGUUUCAGUUUCCGAUCAUUUACGUGUGCAAACAAACCAAGAAAAAGACAAAAAAUUACAAAUUCGAAAAGGCAGAAAGUCUGCGUUUAUACAAAAUCCAAACUACUAGAAAAGAAAAAGAAAAAAGAAAGUAAGAGACAGCAAUCAUGCCACGUCGUCGUCGUCCUCGUGGUAAUGCCGCAUCUCUGGCCCAGCUGCGCAAGAAGACCCAAGAGAGCAACAACAACUACAACGGCUGCAAUAAUAAUAACAACACUAAAGAGAAUAAUAAUAAUAGCAACAAUAAAACCAACAACGCAAGUGGCUCGAAAAGCUCAAAUGUGAAAAAUACCAAUGCGAAAAAGGCAAAUUCGAACAAUUCCACAAAAACUAGCCAGAAGGCAGGGCAGCAGCAAAAACAACAACCAAAGCUGGCACAACCGCAACCGCAGCCAAAGAAGGUGAAUCCGAGCUACUUCAAGAAGCCGACACUUGCCCAGGAACCAAAUCAGAAGGCAAUCUAUGACCUGGAGCUGCUGGAGGAGGAGUCAAACUAUGAGCAGGAGACAAGCUAUGACCAAGGGUCCAUCUGCGACGAACAGUAUUCAUGCACUGACAGGGAGCAGUCAUUUGGUGACGAUGAGCUGACCUAUGACAUUGAACCGAACUCUGAGAAAGUAGAGUCGUGCCAUGAGUCGACUUAUGAUGUGUCUGAAAUCGAAAUGGAUUCAUUCUGCUAUCUACAGUCGACCUACAAAGACAAAGACAGCUGUGUCCCAGAACCAGCCUGUGUCCCAGUAUCAUGCUCUGAGCCAGGCGCAUGCUGCCACCAGGAGAUAUUCUUUGGCCCUGGGUCGAUCUGUCACUGCGGACAGGAACAAUAUUUUAACCCGUGUCAGCUGCCAUUCUAUGACCAGGAGUCAAACAACGAACAGAAACCAAACUAUGAACUCGAGACGCUCUACAAGCGGGAGCCGCUCUUCAACAAGAAGCCACGCUGCGAAGAGGAGGUAAUCGUCGAACUGCCAUCCUAUAUUCCCGAUCCACUCUAUGACCAGGAGCCAGAAUCUACUGAAGAACAGCCAAUCCUUGAUGACCAAUUGCCAGAGUUGUCCUACGACCAGAGUUCCUCGGCACCCGACGCCACGCCCGAAGAUAGCUUUGCCUUUACGUGGGGCCAGAAUGCCAACGGCGGGGAUGUGAAGCUCUUCCCCGAGCUGUAUGACCGCAUGCCGGAGCUUCCUUCGUAUGCGGACAUCUUCGGACAGCCCUCGUGUGGCAUCGACAACAAUUGCAUGGAUUGUGUCGGAUUGCAGGCAGCUUGCCAGACGGGUGGCAUCCGGAGCACCCACGAUGGACAGUUCACCGACAUUCCUGACUCGAUGAUCCAGGAUCAAUUCGGAAUAUUGGGUCUACUCUCGGCCAUACGGACCAGCCACACCAAUCCGGUGGCCACCCAGCUGGUCUUUGGCGAAGAUCUGACCACGUACGGCUUGGAUCUGACGGCACUCGGCGACAUUUAUGUGCACUUCAAUGGACCCUUUACCAACGAGCCGCCGCCGCGCAACUGCCAGGACAUUGACUUCGAGAUGAGCAUGCGCCAAAUGCGAGAUGACAUUGCAACGUAUUCCUCUAAGGCGCCUGUUUGGGAUCCCUUUGUGCCAGAGACUGGAAAUUUGGGUUUAGUUUUUGGCAAUAAAAAUGCAGAGCAGCAUGAGACGGAGCAGCAGGAGGCCGAUCAGCAGGAGGAGGAGAUGCUAAAGCAGGAAAAUCCAUCAGAUGAAGAGCAGAUGCAGCAGGAGGAGGAGCGGGAAUGGGACUACGACUACGAGCCGUUCUCCACUGCACUUGCCGCAAAAGAAGAAGAUACCUCAACUGAUUACUCUUCAAAUUCCAAUUCAUCCACAAGCUCUGGGCUACUAAGCCCAAUUUAGAACACAAAUUCCCAAACAUGUCCACACUUUGUUUUGCAUUUACAAAAAGUAUCUGUGGAAAUACACGAUUAUCAUUUUAUCAUCUA